AUGAGUGGCCUCCAUCCCAUCCUGCUGCUGUUCUUCAGCAUCCUGGGUCACCUUCUGGGUGUCACCAUGUCACUCUCAUCCUUCUCCCAGUUGCCCUUUGCGAGCGUGUGGAAUGCUCCCUCUUCAGCCUGCCUCUUGAAGUAUGGUGUGGAUCUGGACUUGGGCACGUUCAGCAUCGCCCAGAACCAAAACCAGACCUUCAUGGGCGACGACAUAACUGUCUUCUACACGGACAAGUUGGGAGCAUACCCAUAUUACAGCCAAGGGAAAGCGGUCAACGGCGGCGUACCUCAAAACACUAGCCUCGACGAGCACCUUAACAUGUCUAGAGAUGAUAUCUGCCAUUACAUACCUGACAGGGACUUUCAAGGAUUGGCUGUGAUAGACUGGGAGAGCUGGAGGCCCUUGUGGGAGAGGAACUGGGACACCAAGCAGGUGUACCAGGAAGGAUCACGGGCGCUGGUCCGAUCCAAGCAUACUGACUUAAAACCCGCGCAGGUGGACGCGUUGGCACAUGAUGAGUUUGAAGCAGCUGCCAGGAAGUUCAUGGCGGAGACACUGAAAUUAGGCCAGAAGGAGAGACCUGGUGGAUUGUGGGGGUUCUAUGGGUUCCCCAACUGCUACAACUACUAUAAAAGUGGCAACUAUUCGGGCCAGUGUCCUGCCGCUGAGUCAGAGAAGAACAACAAGCUGGCAUGGCUGUGGAACGUGUCAUCUGCACUCUACCCUGACAUCUACCUCAGCCAGGAGCUGAGAGGACUCAGUGAAGAGGUUUCGCUUUACGCUCGCCACCGCAUUUUGGAGGCCCUCAGGGUGGUGUUGCCAGCUCGGCUCGUCAUACCCUACGCCACCAUUGUCUACACUUACUCGUUCCAGUUUCUCUCACAGGAGCAUCUUGUGUACACCGUGGGGGAGAGCGCCGCCUUGGGUUCAGCAGGAGUUGUGCUCUGGGGAGACAACAAUUUCUCCAAAUCCAAGGCUUCUUGCAAUGCUGUCAAGUGGUAUAUCGACAAGACCCUCGGUCCUUAUUUGGUCAACGUGACGUCGGCGGCCGUCCUCUGCAGCCGGGCCAUGUGCUCGGCCAAAGGCAGGUGCGCCAGGCGAGACCCCCAGUCACGAGCCUAUCUCCACCUUCCUGCCACCCACUGGAAAGUGGUGGCAGAGGAGAGGCCGCAAGGCGGGCGCCGCUACACUGUACUGGGACAACUCAAAGAGGAGGAGGUGACGUUUAUGAGGUCCAAGUUUGAGUGCAAGUGUUACUCGGGGUGGGUGGGCGACAGUUGUUCCACGCCCCGGCGUGAGUGA